AUGUGGAAGCAUCACUACACCCUGAAGAAGAGACUGGAGGUGGAGACAGGCCAGAACACCCUGGUGAUCGACACGCCGCGCGUGCGUAAGCAGACGCGGCACUUUAGCGCGGCCAAGGAGGACGAGAUGUUGGAGUUCUCAGACCUGGAGAGCGACUCGGAGGAGAAGCCCGUCCCUAAGCCCCGGAGGAGCCAGGACCGCACACAGGGAUACCCCCGCAGCGAGUGCUUCAGGGUGGAGAAGAACCUGCUGGUCUAUGGGUGGGGUCGUUGGGGUGACAUCUUGUCUCACGGGCGUUUCAAGCGUCCCCUCCGUGAGCAGGACGUUGAGACCAUCUGCCGCGCCCUGCUGGCCUACUGCCUACUGCAUUACCGUGGCGACGAGAAUAUCAAGAGCUUCAUCUGGGACCUGAUCACCCCGUCAGAGGACGGACAGAGCCGCACACUGGCCAACCACUCUGGACUGUCCACCCCUGUCCCUCGGGGCCGCAAGGGGAAGAAGGGCAAGCCGGCCCUGGCCCCCACCCCCCAGCUGCCCAGGGCAGAGUGGCUGGCAUCCUGCAACCCUGACCUACUGCUCCAGGAGGACAGCUACAAGAGACACCUCAAACACCACUGCAACAAAGUGCUGCUGAGGGUCCGUAUGCUCUACUAUCUGAGACAGGAAGUCAUUGGUGACCAGGCCGACAGGAUCCUGGAGGGAACAGACUCAAGUGAGCUGGAUAUCUGGAUCCCUCAGCCCUUCCACGCCGAGGUCCCUGCUGAUUGGUGGGACAGCGAGGCUGACAAAUCACUGCUCAUCGGCGUUUUCAAACACGGCUAUGAGAAGUAUAACUCGAUGCGAGCAGACCCAGCCUUGUGUUUCCUGGAGAGGGUAGGCAUGCCUGAUGCCAAGGCCAUCGCAGCCGAGCAGAGGGGGGCGGACAUGAUGGCAGAUGGCGUGGAGGGGGAGGAUGAGGACCCAGAAUACAAGCCUCUGAGGAUGCCCUUCAAGGAUGAGCUGGAUGACUUCACCAACUCUCCCCUGGAUGACAAGGAUGAGUCCAUGGAUGUGGACCCUGAAGCUAAGCCAGGAGAGAACGGUCGAGGUGCGGGGGGUCGUCUCUACUGGCCUGCUGCGUCCGCUCUCACCGCUCGUCUGCGGCGCCUCAUCACGGCCUACCAGCGCACCAACCGGCGCGAGCAGCAGCGCCAGGAGGCCAUGACCCGCCCCGACGGACGCCGCCGCCGCCGGCCCCGGGAUCAGCUCCUCGCCAUGGUAACCGACGUGGGCGGGGCCCCGGGGUUCCUGCCGGAGGUCGGAGCCUUCCUGGCUGAAGGAAACCCUUUCAUGGCCAAAGGAGGGGCGUUUUUUCCCGAGGCAACCGCCCUAUUGGCAGACGGGGGAGCCUAUUACAAAGAGAGGAGACAGAGGUGGACCAGGCGUGAGGAAGCAGACUUUUACCGUGUGGUCUCCACCUUCGGCGUGGUCUACGACACAGCCCGCCAGCGCUUUGACUGGGCCCAGUUCAGGGCCUUCGCCCGAUUGGACAAGAAGACUGAUGAGAGUCUGGAGAAGUACUACUACUCCUUUGUGGCCAUGUGCAAACGGGUCUGCCGCAUGCAGCUCAAGGCCGACAAUGCUGAGCUCCCAGACCCCACCCUGAUUAUCGACCCAAUCACAGAGGAGCGCGCAUCGCGCACUCUUUACCGCAUCGAGCUGCUUCGGCGAAUCAGAGAGCAAGUAUUGCCCAACCCCCUCCUUAAGGAGAGGCUCCGCCUCUGCCAGCCCAGUUCCGACCUCCCCGAUUGGUGGGAGUGCGGCCGCCACGACCGAGACCUCCUAUUGGGCGCCUCCAAACACGGCGUGAGCCGCACAGACUACCACAUCCUGAACGACCCCGCCCUGGGCUUCCUGGAGGCCCACCGCAGGUUCACCCAGAAGGGGGCCGGCGGCCGCGACGGAGCCGCUCUGCCCUCCGACCUGGCCGCCGCGCUGCCUGCCGCUCCUCCUGAGACGUCGGGCGUGGAGGAGGAGGAGCAGGAGGAGAAGCUGAAGGAGGAGGAAGAGGAGGUGGUGGUGAAAGAGGAGCAAGAAGAAGGGAAGGGAGUGAAAACGGAAGAGGAGGAGAAGGAGACGAAAGGGACAAAAGAGGUGAAGGAAGAGGGAGACGAAGACGACAUUCCAUGUUCUAAAAUGGAGAAGGCCGAAACCAAGGAAGAAGGAGGGAAGAUGGAGGAGGAGGAAAAGGAGGAGGGAAAAACUGUGUCUCCCAAGAAGGAGGUGAAGAGCAAGGCGGGGGAGGAGGAAACUGAUACAAAGGAUGAGGAGACGACCGACGAGAAGAUGGAGGUGAAGCCUGAGGGCGAGGGGUCUCCCACGCAGGACAGUAGGGGCCAGGACAGGAAGCCCGACCUCCAGGAGGACUCCAAGGAAACCUCGUCAUCUCCCAAAGCCCCUCCCACACCUGCUGGAGAGGAGGAGGAGGAGGAAGAAGGAGAGAAGAAGAACGAGGAGGUGGAGGACAAGGUGCCGGCUCACCAGGAGCCUCCCAAGGCCCUGACGGAGAAGGCCUCUGAGGAAGAGGAGGAGGAGAAGAUGGACGAAGACGAUAAGUCUGAGAAGUCGUCACAGGCUGAUGCCGGUGGUUCCUCAGAGCAGAAGAACUUUGACGAGGAGAGUAACGCCUCUCUGAGCACCGCUAGAGACGAGACGCGAGACGGGUUCCCUGCGGAGGACGGAGAACCCUCCACCAUCCAGGUUCUCCAGGACAGAACCUUCUCCUUCUCCUUCUGGCCCAAGGACAGGAUCAUGAUCAACCGCAUGGACAACAUCUGCGAGGCCGUCAUCAAGGGCAAGUGGCCCAUCAACCGACGCCAGUUCUUCGACUUCCCAGGAAUGUUGCCGGGAUACGGGCCGUCGACGGCGAUGGCGGAGAGCCCGCUGCAGAGGCGGAGCCUGGCGGAGCUCUCCAUGGCAACGGGACAGACCAGCUUUAGCGGCAGCGAAGACCUCACGCUGUCGCCCCAGGUCAACGAGGACGCUCUGAGCAUGUCGGUGCCUCGCCAGCGGCGGCGCCGGCGGAGGAAGGUGGAGAUUGAGGCGGAGCGGGCGGCCAAGAGGAGGAACCUGAUGGAGAUGGUAGCCCAGCUGAGGGAGUCCCAUGUUGCCGAGACCCAGAACCACCAGAACCACGCCAUGGACCUCACCAAGGGCAUCCACCACCACCACCACAAGGCCUCUUCCUCCAUGGGCAGCUUCUCCAGCGGCAUGGUAACUGGCUCCGCCCUCAAAGCCCAGAUGGAGCUCCUGCAGGCGGCCACACCCUCUCGCCACAGGGCCAACGGCUCAUUGGCCGAGCCGGACCUACCCACCAGGAGGAGGCGGGGCCGCAGGAAAAAUGUGGAAGGGCUGGAGCUGCUGUUCAUGGGAAAUAAGACGGGCGGAGCCAUCAACACGGAGGACUCUGAGAGCAGCAAGGCUCCGGUGGAGGGCGUGCAGAUGCCCUCCUGUGCCCCCAGAUCCCUGGCCGGUCCUGGGCAGAGCCCCAGCACUCGCCUGGCCUCCUCCGCCCUGGAAGAGCCCUCAGACUCCGCCCCAUCCAGCAAGGAGCUCAGGGAUUGGCUACAACAGCACCCCACAUACACCAUGGAUAUGGCUGGAUACACACCAAAGAGCGAGGAUCUGCUGCUGUCUCAGUUCCCCAAGCCCAAGCAGAAGAGGCACCGCUGCAGGAACCCCAACAAGAUCGACAUCAACACCCUCACAGGAGAGGAGAGGGUGCCUGUGGUCAACCGCAGGAACGGACGCAAGAUGGGCGGGGCCAUGGCUCCACCAAUGAAGGACCUUCCUAGAUGGCUAUUGGAGAACCCCGAGUUUGCCAUCGCUCCUGAUUGGACGGAUAUCGUCAAGCAAUCUGGUUUCCUCCCGGAGGCCAUGUUCGACCGCCUGCUCACCGGGCCCGUGGUCCGCGAGGAGGGCGUCCGUCGCCGGGGACGACGCCCCAAGUCGGAGAUCGCCAAGGCGACGGCGGCGGCCCAGGCUCAGGCCCAGGCCCAGGCGGUGGCGGCUGCUGCGUCCUCGGGGGUCAACCCCCUGCUGAUGAACGGGCUGUUUGGGGGCAUGGACCUCAGCAGCCUGCAGUCGCUGCAGAGCCUGCAGCUGGCCGCCGGCCUCAUGGGAUUCCCCCCCGGCCUCACAGGGGGAGACGGUAAGCACACCUCCGCCAUGCUGCCCCUCAUGCUCCCCAGCAUGGGCGGCCUGCCCAACAUGUUUGGCCUGGGGGGGUUGUUUGGCAACAACCUGGCGGCUGCCGCUGCCGCCGCAACCUCUAGCCCCGCCGCCAACGGGAGCGCGGAGGACGGGGAGUCGGACGAGACCUCGAAGCCCAAGCGGGAGGAGAGGGGGGGGGCGGGGGAGGAGCGAGGGGAUGUGGAGAAGAGGGGGGAGAAGAAAAAGAGGAGGAAGAAGAGGGAAGGGGGGAGGGGAGGGGAGGAAGAGAAGGCAGGCGAGGCUGAGGCCGAGGCCAACGGAGACGCUGCGGCUCUUGCGGCCGCCGGCAUGUCGGCAAACUCCCUGGCCUUCAACCCCUUCCUGCUGUCCACCAUGGCCCCUGGCCUCUUCUACCCCUCCAUGUUCCUGCCCCCAGGGCUGGGCGGCCUCACCCUGCCCGGCUUCCCCCCCACCUCGCUGGCUGACCUCCAGACCGCCAUGGCCGGGGCCCUGGGAGCCGCGGUGGCCGCCGGCGGAGGAGCAGCAGCAGUAGGAGGGGGUGGGGCCGCACCGGACAAGGAGGAGGAGGAGCCUGCCGCUGGCCGCGCCCCCAGCCCUGCCCCCAACGCGGAGGCGUCGGAGAACACGGCGGACGACAGCGACUCGGGCGAGAGCCAGGAGAAGGCGGCCGAGUCCUCGGCUCUGGAGGAGGAGGGGCCGGGACGAGCAGAGGAGGCCGACUCGCCAAUGGAGAGCAGCCGGGCGGGAGAGGAAGAGGAGGAAGAGGAGAAGAGUGAAUGAAUGACUGAAACUGGCCUUCUACAUUUCUCCCAACCUUCCCCCCUCCCCCCCUUUUACCUUUCUCUUCUCUGGACCGCUCACCUCGUUUACACACCAACUUGAUAUCCAAACAUUAUUAUAUAUGAAUUUUUGUUUUUGUUUCUGUUAAUUGUUUCAACUGGUAAAUAUGAAACGGAGAGAGCGUGUAAGUUUUUUUUUUUUUUUUUUUUUUUUUUUUUUUUUAAGAGCUCUCUCUGCCAAUUUAGCGUAGUCAGGGAAAAUGCUCUGAAGUAGAGUUUUGCAGAUGUCAGAAAGGAGUGAUUUCUGAUCUCUGAGCACUGUGCAGUGCAUCGUAGAUGAGAUGGAAAACCUCCUGAAAUAUUAUAGGAAUGAAAUGGUUCCAAUAGUGCUAUGCUGCUUUUCUGUUCUUUUUUUUUUCUUUUUUAUCGUUUUGUUCUUUUUCUCUCUCUCCCUCCAUCUCUCUCCUUCCUUCCCUCUCUCUCUCUCUCUCUCCCUCUCUACAGUUGAUAUUGUGACAGUAAGUAGCAUCUCGUUAACUUUCAGUGGCUACGGCAUUAAACGUCUACUUGCUGCUGAAAAGGAUCCUGGGUAAUUUUAUGUUGCUGUUGUACUGUUCAGCCUUGAAGAGUGGGUUUGAAGUUCUCACAUAUCAGAUGGCCUCAUUCUUGACUGCACCCCAGUCGGACACACUGAACACACACACACACACAGAUCGUUCUUUCACAGACACACUAACUAUCCAUUGUAGGUCUCACUCCUUCUAUACCUUUGUAACUAACCUUGUCUUCUCCCCCAUAUUAUACGCGGUAGGAAGCACACUAACUCUUUCACGGUAGUGGGCUCCUUCGGCCAGUACUCUGACUGUUUCUCAGUGCUUGGUCUGACAACUGUCUGGUCCCGGUCGCAGGCCUAGCAUCUGUGCUCACUCAUAGUCAGUCUCUGGUCUCAGUUGUAGGCUAGCUAGGCUAACUAGCGCCCGCACUGUCGGAUCUGUCAUAGGCUAACUAGCGCCAGUUUUUUCUGGUUUCUGUCAUAGGCUAACUAGCACCAGUUAUGUCUGGUCUCUUGUCAUAGGCUAGCUAGCUUAACUAGCACCAGUUCUGUCUGGUCUCUUGUCAUAGGCUAACUAGCGCCAGUCGCUGGUCGCUGUCAUAGGUUAACUAGCGCCGAUCCUGUCUGGUUAUUCACAGGCUAACUAGCCACAGUCGUGUCCGUCUGUCUCUGGCUGUCUGUUACCCCUGUCCUGUAUCCAUUUGUCCAGUCCCACACUGGUAUAUCUCUGCCUCUCCUGACUGUUAAGUAGUCUGACACACUGACGAAGCAAGCCGAGCAGGGGAGCAAGAGGGCUAGCCGGCCCUCUGCACACCCACACAGCAGCAAUAACCAAGGCAGCUUUUGAAUGUUCAACUGUUCACUCUCCAACCAACCGACCGACCGACCAACCACACCUACACAUGUACACCAACGAGUAACCACAAGUGUCAUAUAAACGAAAACCAACUGUAAACUGUACAAACAAAAAAUAAUGUGGAAAUAAGAACUGCAAUCAAUUUUUGUCUCACACUCUGUUCAUGUUGAUGCACUGGUCUAAGAGCUAAAAUAAUCAGGUACCUUUAUUAUAUCUAUUGAAUGGACUUUUUGUUACUUUUAGCCACCAAGCUGACGAGUAUUACCUCAAUUCUAACUAGCCUUGAAGUUUACAGACAUACGUUGUAAAUGUUUUUUUUUUUCUUUUGUGUGUCUUUGUUUUUUGUUUUUUUGAAACAUCAUGGAUGAUGAACUGUAGUUAUGAUGCUUUUAAUAAAAGUGAAUCAUUGAUAUUCGCCUAGGAAACCAA